UUCUGUUGAAAUAAGUGUAAGUAUCCAUUAGAAUUCUAUUACACAAUCCCUGCUUAGGCUGACGAACGAACCCUAGUGCGAGAGCGAGAGACUCAUUUUAGAUUUUACAAAAACUCUGGAAAGUGAGAGCGAGAGUCACCCAUCCCUCCCGGAAACGUCGUCGUACGCAGCUGCUUCUGUUCUCCCUUCGCUGCUUUUCAGCUGCAUUCCGCCACGGCAGCAGCCCCCGUGAUUGUGUUGCUUUGUGGCAAGACUUGCAAACGACGUUUCUGGACUUGCGUUUUGACGCAACUAUAUAAAGCAAAGUACCAACGCCCUUCUUUCUUUUUCGUCCCUCGUUGAAAUCGCAGUUCUUGUUCUGCUCCUGUGAAGAUGACAAUCGAACCCUUGGAUUUGCUUCGCUCCAAUCUCUCACGGGUUCGGAUCCCCGAGCCAACCAAUCGCAUCUACAAGCAUGAAUGUUGCGUUUCUUUCGACACACCGAGGUCAGAAGGGGGUUUGUUCAUCGACAUGUGCACUUUUCUUGCUUUCGGGAAAGAUUAUGUUGGUUGGAAUUAUGAGAAGACUGGAAAUCCUGUCUAUUUGCAUAUAAAGCAGACAAAGAAGUUAGUUCCAGAAGACAGGCCUUCAAAGAAACCUACCAUCUUGGCUAUAGGUGUUGAUGGGGGAUUUGAUAACAAUGAGGUUGAUUAUAAGGAAUCUCAUUGUAUAGUUAUAUUACCUGAGUAUGUUUCUCUUCCAUUCCCUUCUGUGGAAUUGCCAGAGAAGGUAAGGUUGGCAGUUGAUGCAAUCUUACUAAAUGAGGGUGCUGAACGAAAGGAGCAACUUGCAGCUUGGACUGCUGAUAAAAAACAAGUUAGUACAUAUGCGAUGAAUUUACAACAGAUUGACAAUGGUGUUGUUAUUCCACCAUCUGGGUGGAAAUGUGCUAAAUGUGAGAAGAAAGACAAUCUGUGGCUAAACCUGACUGAUGGAAUGAUUCUUUGUGGGAGGAAAAAUUGGGAUGGAAGUGGUGGAAACAACCAUGCUAUUGACCAUUACCGAGAGACACGCUAUCCUCUUGCUGUAAAGCUUGGGACUAUCACUGCUGAUCUGGAAGCAGCAGAUGUUUUCUCUUAUCCAGAGGAUGAAAGUGUCUUGGAUCCACACCUAGCACAACAUCUGGCAUUUUUUGGCAUUGAUUUUUCAUCACUACAAAAGACUGAAAUGACAACUGCUGAAAGAGAACUUGAUCAAAAUACAAAUUUUGAUUGGAAUCGAAUCCAAGAAAGUGGACAAGAAGUAGAUCCAAUUUUUGGACCUGGAUAUACAGGAUUGGUCAAUAUUGGAAACAGUUGUUACAUGGCAGCUACUAUGCAGGUUGUGUUUUCAACAAGAUCCUUCUCAUCACGGUACUACAUGAACCAAAGUCUAAAAAAGGCAUUUGAGGUGUCUCCAGCUGACCCAACUGUAGACCUAAAUAUGCAAUUGACAAAAUUUGCUCAUGGUUUACUUUCCGGUAAAUAUUCUGUUCCAGCAUUUGAGAAUGAUGAAAAAGAAAAUGUUGCUACUUCAACUACAACUGCUAAACAAGAAGGGAUACGCCCACGGAUGUUUAAAUCUGUAAUAGCUGCCAGCCAUCCUGAAUUCUCGUCAAUUCGGCAACAGGAUGCAUUAGAAUUUUUCCUACAUUUUCUUGAUCAAGUUGAACGAGCUAAUGCUGGGAAAACUGAACUGGAUCCAUCAAGGAGUUUCAAGUUCGGUAUUGAAGAUAGAAUUUUGUGUUCAUCUGGAAAAGUUACCUAUAAUAGAAGGCAUGACUACAUUCUUUCUCUCAAUAUCCCAUUACAUGAAGCAACUAACAAAGGAGAAUUAGAAUCCUUUCACAAACUGAAAGCAGAGAAGCUUGCAGAAGGAAAGGAAUUAAACGGCAAUGAAAUUGUGCGUCCAAGAGUACCUUUAGAAGCUUGCCUUGCGAACUUCUCGGCUCCUGAGGAGAUACAUGAUUUUUACAGUACUGCUUUGAAGACAAAGACAACAGCACUGAAGUCGGCAGGCCUGACCUCAUUUCCUGAUUACCUGGUGUUACAUAUGCGGAGAUUUGUUAUGGAGGCAGGAUGGGUACCCAAAAAACUUGAUGUGUAUAUUGAUGUUCCUGAUAUCAUAGAUAUCAGUCAUAUGCGCAGUAAAGGUCUCCAGUCUGGGGAAGAGCUGUUACCUGAAAGGGUACUUGAUGAGGAGGAUUCAAACAAAACUUGGGCCAAUGAAGAAAUUGUCUCCCAACUGGUUUCCAUGGGCUUUAACCACCUCCAUUGUCAGAAAGCUGCAAUCAAUACAUCGAACAUUGGAGUAGAAGAGGCAAUGAAUUGGUUACUGUCUCACAUGAAUGAUCCAGAUAUUGACAUUCCUAUUUCCAAAGGCCAUGGCUCUGAAACAAUUGUUGACCAGUCAAAAGUUGAUACACUAAUUUCGUUUGGUUUUCAAGAAGAAAUUGCUCGAAUGGCAUUGAAGGCCUCGGGUGAUGACAUUGAGAAAGCAACAGAUUGGAUAUUUAACAAUCCUGAUGCAUCGGUCACCAAUAUGGAUGCUACCACUUCAAACACUGCAUCCACUCCCAAUGAUGUUGACCUACCUGAUGGAGGAGGGAGAUAUCGACUUAUGGGAAUUGUAAGUCACAGUGGAACCUCUACACUGUGUGGUCACUAUGUUGCUCAUGUAUUAAAAGAUGGUAGAUGGGUUAUUUUCAACGACGACAAGGUUGGGGCUUCCAUUAAUCCUCCCAAGGAAAUGGGGUAUCUUUAUUUCUUUGAGAGGCUUGGUUGAAUGUACGGUGUUGAGGGCAGACGAUAAACAUGGUUGAUAUAAAUAUAUCAACCGUUAUGAGGCGCAGGACGAUAACAUGCUACCUACUUCUGUUGAUGUGAUAAUAUUUUCUAUCAUUGUCUAGGUGACAUGGUAAAAUGCCUUCUAAUUGACUAUUUUUCUUUAAUUGAUUCUUAGUCAGUAGUAAUGAAGCGAUUUGGAGUGUUACUUUACAUUCAUCUAGAGAUUGCAUGUUGAAGAAUUCAAAUAACAAUAUAGCAUCAACUGAUCAGUUCUAGGAAUUCAAAUUACUAUAAAACUGAAUGAUGAGUUUAAGCAUGUGUUUGCUACUGA